AUGUCAAAGGUACUCGGACGAGCACUUCUUGACGAGGAAGGUCUGUCCACGGCCCUCAUUGGAAUAGAAGCCGCUCUGAACAGCCGACCAUUGAUAUACGAAGAUGACAGUUCCACAGCCUUAACACCAAGCCAUUUCUUGACAGGACGGAAACUAACGGCCAUUCCAUCCAGCCCAAAUAACAACACAAAGCUAAGAAAAUUCUACAAGCAGCAGCAGGACUUACUCGACUGCUUUUGGAAAAAAUGGUCUAAGGAAUAUUUGCUUCAAUUGCGGUCAUUUCAUCAAGUUCGUAAUCAGGACAAUAUCAUUAACAUCCGAAUUGGCGAUAUUGUACUUCUACAAGAAGAUGUCCGACCACGUCACAUGUGGAAGAAAGCUAGAGUGGUGAACUUGCAUGAAGGACGAGAUGGAAAAAUAAGAUCCUGUGAGCUGAGAGUUAAUGGUCACAAUAUAACCCGUCCGGUAGCUCUGGUCAUCCCCCUCGAGGUCGACAAGGGUGGGGAGGAUGUUGAGGCGUACUUAGCAACUCUCACUCCUUCAUCUAGUGAUAACCUUUCGGUAGCUGGUACUACUGGUAUACAAUACUCAGCGAUCUGGUCUGAUCUGUUUGGUGAAGCUGGGCGCCUAAAACCUAAAAGGCCAUUUUCCCAUUCAUCUUGUAAUACAGAUGCUUAA